UUGCUAUUUUAACAGUGUCACUAGUUAAGGAUUUUACUGACUAUAUUUCAUGUACCGAUAUUUAAACUACAGUUUUGUUUUAAAAUCCUAACGUAAAUUUUAAAGUAUUUUAUUAGCAGUUCUCUUAUUUCCGGGAACUAUCUUUUUCCGGGAAUAAAAGUUAAUGUGACGUGUACUUUAAACCAACAAAUACAAUAACCUUAUAUUGUGUAAUAUAGGAAUACUAUUUCAUGAGUUUUGAGGGAGAAUAUAUAUAAUCGUAUUAGUACGUAAUUUUAACCAUAAUUGAAAAUUGUUGAUAAAGAAUCGAUAGGGCUAUCCUAAAAUUAUCUGAAUCUGAUAAUUAACAACUAAACAAGUGUCAAGUAACACUACUUUUGGAUACAACAUUAAUUACUAGGCAACAGGCUGAAAAGGUAAAUGGCUUUGACAAUUAAUUCAAGGUACAAAUUGAUUAAAAAAACAAAAAACAUUGAGGAGCAGUUAUAAAGUAGUAUCACUGUUAAGUUCAUUUGUGUUCUUUUUGUUUUUUAGUUUUCUUUAAAUGUUGUUUUGUUAUCUUGACAACCAAAUAAUGUUAUACGUUAUGAGUUAAAAUAAGUGUGUUUUUGAUAUGCAUGAUUCAAUUAAAUGGCAAGACUUCCGACCGUUCCAGUAUUCAGUUCAUUCAGGCAGUAUAAUUAAUAUUUGUUAGAAUAAUUCAAUUAAUGUAAUUUUAGGGUUAGUUAUAUCAGGGUCCGCACGCAUCCUGGAAAACCCUGGAAAGUCCUUAAAUGUCCUGGAAAAGUCAGUUUACCUCCUAAUUUUUUUUUAGUGAUGUUACAAAUACAUAAAUAAUCGCGUUUGACUUAGGUACCCCUCCUCCAAAAGAAAGAAAGAAAACCCCCCACAAAAACAAUACCUAAACGCAUCGAUGAUUAUAAUGAAUGCCAGACAACUCGGCCCACGUCGAGACAGCUCGGCCCAGAGUUCUGAGACAACUCGGCCCACCGCAAGACGACUCGGCACAUGCACAAUAUUGUCUAUUGUUGAAAAAUAUUAUUGAACAAGUGUUGUUUUUUAAAUUAAAGUAUUCUCACAGAAAUAAAAGAGUGUGUUUUUUGUUAGUUUUGAAUUAGUCUCACCUUAACAUAAACGUCCCGAAACGAAGUGUCAUGUCGGAUUGAUAAAUUGCUGAUCCAUUUAUCUUUGAAGAUAGUUUCCGCUGUUCGAAUAAUUUGUUUUUGUUCUACAAUCAGUGACCUAAACAUUGGAGAUGAUCCCUGAAAAAAUAUGCAAAAGUUAUUUAUCGUUGUAACAACACUAGUGGAUAUAGCCUCCUGACUUCCUGCUUUUAAGAAGUAAUUCCAAUUGGUGAGCAUGAUGCCAUUUUCAAAUAAUGUAUAUAACCGUCCGAAUUAUUGGACUUAUCACUUUCUAAUAUCACUUUCCAACAAAAUGCCGACAUAUCCGUGUUCCUUUUGUUCCAAUGAAGUUCGACCCAGACAACAUGCAUUACGCUGCGACGUUUGUUCAUGAUGGCAACACCGCACCUGUAAUACUGGUGAGUAUAUAUUAUGUCGCGAAAUUAAUACGCACGCACUGUUUUCCACUUUGCUUAAAGUAAUGUCUAGAUUUUCUAGUAAACCAUAAAGGAAAAUACAAACAAAAUACAGUCAUAAUUCAAUUUAUUGAAAGUUGUAUUAUAAUGUUUUAAAAGGUAACACCACUAUAGACUAUUUGGACCACAACUGGAGAAAGGAAUACAAAUAAAAAUAAGAAAAUCAUUUAAAAGGUGAUAUUUGCCGAAUAGUGCUGGAAAAAAAAAAUCAUAUUGUCAUUUGUAUAUUUUUUAUAUUGAAUCCUAAGUGCGAAAUGAUAAACAUAUAUACCAGCUGUCCUUGAUGGCGACUAAUCGUUAAUUAUUUUAUGUAACUUCAAUCGAUGGCGACUAAUAGUUUAUUCUUUCAUCUACCAAAGGGUGUUAACAGUUAACACAUGAAGCUGUGAGUUGUGAUUCUAAUACAGGUGAGGUGGGUAGGGCUAAUCCCCUUGACCUAGGAUAACAGAAUAUUGAUUUACAGACAGUAACUUUAUAACAAUUACAGUGAGCUGUCUUUAUCCACUUUUUUUCUGUUUAUUUGUUUUAUAUUGCUUGCGAUAUGUGAUAUUUGUAGUACAAUAUUUGAGUAGUUGGGUAACGUAUUACCGUAAAAUUUAAAAGUGAGUUAUUUUAUGUUUAAGAAAAAUAAAAAUGGUAAUAAUAAUUUUAAUAAUGCAGGAAUCACUCAAGAGGAUUACCGGCUGAUGGUAAGGGAUGACACAGAAAUUGAUUGGACCUGUGCACAGUGCACAGUUAUCAACCAAACAGAUGCAGAUGAUGAGGGAAAUUCUUUCAAUGUGACGGCCGACUUCGACAUCCCUCAGCGUAUAGAGGAAAGAGACAACGUGGCGAUGGUACAACGUGGCGUUGUUCCGUGAGGAACAGCAAGAUGACGUGCCCAGCCACUGUUCAGCAGACCGGCGACACCUUCGUCAACGGAACCAGGGCACACGUCCACGGACCAGAAGGCGGCAUCCAGACAACGCUUGCCGUCAAAGCGAAGAUCAAGGAAACUGCUAAAACUAACGUUUUCCAGCCGGCGAGCGCCAUCGUUGAGGGUGUCAUUAUUGACGACCUCGAUGUACAGCAGACCUGGGAUGCACUACCUGGACCCAGCAGCCUGGCCCGUAUGGCAAACCGUGUGCGUACCAAGCUGAGACCAGCAGAGCCACGUGUCUUGCUCUUUGAGAUCGCUGAGAACUUCAUACCAGCAGACUUCUUACGGGCCGACGUCCGGGUAAACACACAUAGACACAUAGUGUUCGCGACGGAGAGACAGCUGACUCUACUGGUCAACGCAAGGAGAUGGUACCUGGACGGUACCCUUUGUACAGCUUUUUUCGAUACAUGCUUUCCUGAGGCAUGACGACGCCAUGAAGCAGGUGCCACUUGCCUUUGUCUUCAUGUCGCGGCGAAAGAGUAAAGACUACAGAGCUGUCUUCCACGCCAUCGACGAUCUCCUGCCACAACGAGCAGCAGUACUUGAAUUCGUAGCAGACUUUGAGACAGGGAUGUGGAAGGGGAUCCAGGAAGUAUAUCCUGGCUUGCCAAUCAAGGGGUGCUGCUUCCAUUGGAACCAGGCUGUCUGGAGGAAGGUGCAGGAGCUCGGACUUGCACAACAAUACCUAAAUGACGACGGCACGUGCAAAUUCAUAAAGAAGAUCUUCGCCCUCCCGUUCCUUCCUGCAGAACACGUGGAAGCAGCCUUCGAUGGUCUAAGAAGAGCAACCCAAGUUCCAGGACUGGUGACCCUCUUGGAUUACGUUGACCGCACAUGGAUGAGGAGCAGCGUGUGGUCGGUGGACGCCUGGUCAGUUUUUAACCAGAGUGUGAGGACGAACAACGAUGUGGAGGGCUGGCAUCACAGACUGAACCAUCGUGCCCUCGGAACAGCCCCUCCCUUUUACAAGCUGAUCCCAAUGCUGCACAACGAGGCCAGGCUGAUUCCGCUGAUAUGCCAGUUCGUGUUGGAGAGGAAGAUGCGACGGCGACAGAGGAAGGCCUUUGUAGAUGUACAGGGCAAAAUCUUUCAACUGUGAGGACUGUACACAGCUGGUGACGUGUCGACGUCUAGGUUUUUAUCAGCCUGUGGGAAACUCUACGCCCCUGUUGCCCACUGACUUUUAUCACAUCUUUCUAUGUUCUUUUGGUGAUUCUGUAUUAUAAAAUAUAUGUAGGUGGUCGAAUUAAAAAUAAAAGAGAAAAUGUACUUUCUCGUUCUGCUUCCCGGGUUUUUUAAUACACCACUCUUGCAUGUAGCACGUUGCGGCAGUCAUUUUGAUGUAACAGAAAUUGGUCUGCACAUGUCGUAAUUUUACUGCUUUGGCAUAUAAAUACUGUAUUGAUUGAGAAAUACUAGGAUAAACUGUUCAAUUCUGCUACUUGAAAAUCUGAUUUCGACAUAUAGCCGCUUUCCGCAGGUAUCAAUGAACCCGUAUCAAUAGGUCUGGGCCGAGUUGUCCAUGGGUCCGAGUUGUCUGGGCCCCAUUAUAAUGAGGUCGACUGCCAUUGGUCAGUUGUUGAGCAGGAAAUACUGUGUUGGUUUAUUUGGUCUAUAGAUAGGCGUAGUGGUGCUCGUUAGAGCACGAGUAGAUAAUCUUAAUUGAGAUAGCGACACAAUUCUUCAAGCAUGGAAUCCGGAUAAAAAAUAUAUACCAGUAUGACAUUAAAAAAAAGAAAACGAAAAACGGGUAGAUGUUUAAAUCACUUCUGCGAAAAUGCCUAACGGAAAGUGUACGUUUAACAACAGGUGGCUAAAAAAAAAUAUUUUUAGAAAAACAAGCACGCGUCUGACGUCAUAUAAGUUGACUACUUGCAUGUAAAUAAUUUUAUGGACCUGUUAAAUCCCGACAAAUUCGAGUAACUGAAUAAAUCUAUUUAGCUCGUAAACAUUAAUUAAACAGUGUAUAAUUAAGUAGGAAUUAACACCUCACAAAGUGAGCUAUCGCUUUAACAAUGGCCCACCCCUUGGGUCUGAAUCCUGUGCGGCGAGUCGUGACCAUGAUUAAUCAUUUGACCGGAAAGAAGCCCAUAUCUUUAAAUAAACCCCAUCGAUGUAACGUGAGAUUAAGAAUGAGUUUAACACCAUAGAAAUUUGCAAAGGUCUCCUUUCAACAAUCGUAACAGUGUAUAACAUUGUUACACUUGUUUCUUUUGGUGGUGUGGCCUAUGUUUAUUCGAUCUACUUGAGCCAAGCCAAAACAAAGGAGAUGUAUAUUUCAGAAGGCGCACAUGCAAUAAUAAGUGUGUGUGUAUAUAUAUAUAUAUAUAUAUAUAUGUAUUCUAUUUGAGUAUUAGAUACAUGUUUAUAUCACUAUUUUGUACAAUGUACAACAAAUGUAGUUAAUAAAAUAUUUUAUUUCAACAGUUUUAGUUACCAUCCAAAAGUUAUAUCCAGAGUGGGGUGUGACUACUGUAGACCGUGUGUAACAAGUAUUGUAUGUUGGAGACAUAGCAGCCACUGACUAAACAAUCUGCUAGGGUGUCGUUAAACAAAAACUUCUUUCCAAGUCAUAUAUUCAGACCCCUGGAAAAAGGUAAAAUAGUCCUGGAAAAUGAACGAAAAUAGCCCUUAAAAGUCCUGGAAAAUUAAACCAUUUGAAGUGUAUGAACCCUGUAUAUACAAUAACUUUUUAAACAUUUUGUUCUAUAAAAGCAACUAAAUGUUUAUAUUUCGUAAUCCAGUAUCACUACGUUUUGCCUUUGAAAAAUUUGACAUUUUGACUAUUCUGUGUAAAAUUUCAUUCACAAAGGUGCUUUUGUUGGUGCUUUUGGUACAAAUAUAGCACAGAAGACACAAUGAGACAUGGGACUAAAGGUUCAUUUUAUUCCGUAGACGCGUGGUUCAUUCUGACAAAAUACACCCUAUGAAAUUUAUAAGUAUUAAAAUACAGUCUCACUUAUUGGCUGAGUGGAUACAGUGCUCGGCUACAGUCAUGAUGGUCUGAAGUUCAAAUCCCAGACCCUAGCACUAUGUUGUUUGUAGUGUUUAAUGCAAUGUCCACUUGAUAUCGCUAUCCAAUACAUGCUGGAACGGUCGGAAGUCUUUCGAAUUAAACAUGAAGUGUUUUGAUGUUUUAAGCCAUUUCUGCAGGCUGUAGGGUGAUAAGACUUUGUUACUCUCUUGUCAGUCUAUCUUGAAACUCCAUGAAACAAAUUUGUUCAAUAACAGCUAGCCUAUCUAGAAUUGAUUACUUGAGGAAGUAGGCGGCACUGUAAUUAUUAUUUUAUGCUUGAUGUGUAAAUUUGCUUCAGUUUUUUUCUCUAUAUACCGGUAUAUAUAUACAUACAUGUACUUGGUUUAAAUAAAAUUUUAUUUUGUGGUUGGUGGAUGUAAAAGUAACUUGCCUCUUACUCUCUCCAUUUGAAUUGUGAUCAGUUCUGAAAGAGUCCUAAUGAUUUGUACCAUGUAUGAUGGGGCUGAACAUAGCCCGUUGGUAAAGUACUCACCUGAUGCAUGGUCGGUUUAGGAUCCAUCUUCAUCAGACUAUUUCUCUUUCCAGUCAGUGCUCCAAGGCCAUUGUAUGUAGUAUCUUGUCUGAAAUGCUGCUUAAAAAAAGAUCCUUUGCUGCUAAUUGGGAAGAAUAACCCAUUGCAUGGCAGCAGUGAGUUUCCUCUCUCAGUAACUGUGUCCUUAGCCAUAUAACUGUAAUUAAAAUGUGUUGAGUGCAUCAUUAAAUAAAACCUUCCUUCCUUCCAUGUAUGAUGUACAUAUGUAUGCAGGCCUUUGAGAAUUGAAAAUCUGCAUAACAUGUACAGGUAUCAUAUUCUGAUUUGUUACUCAAGUCGAUGUGAAUAUUUAUUGAAUACAAACUGU